GACAAUACGCAGAAAAAAGGAAAAAUAUGGAAUGCAUGGGAUCUUGAGAAUAUAUAUCGAAAUCGACGACACCCUUUGAUUCUUUCCCUCACAACACGAUUGUACGCCCCUGGAGUUUGCCGACGGGGUGGGGAGCAAAAGGAGCGGAGGCAGAGGGUGUCGGUCGUCGGGUCGGCGCAGCGGCGAACAGUGGCGAGCGGACUCGUACGCCAGCUACGGGUCGACGAGGCGAGCUGGCGAAAGCGUCGCGAACGAGUUUGCGUGUCGCCGAGAGAAGCUCGCGGGGCGGCGAGCUCGUUUACUCGCGCAAGGACGUAAAGGAAUCACCAUUGCCAAAGUAGUUUAGUUUGUGGAGGCGUUCGGGAGUUUCGUCGUUGCGUCGUGUUAAAAAAAAAUUAACGUGACGUAAGAACGCGCGAUUGGGAAGAGAUCUCUCUCGGGAUCACGAAAGAGGUCCUCGGUCCUCUCGUGACUCGUCGUAGGGGGCGGCUAACGUCGUUUCCUGGUGGAGCGUCGCUCGAUUCGACAGCGAUUGGCCCUUCGAAGGGCACCUUGCGAGACUGUCCGCGGAGGGGAGGUGCGGCAGCGGGCGAGCUAUCGAGCGACCCCGUGGAGAGAUGCACGUGCGUCUUGGCGCUCGCCGGGGGUGGAUUGGGACGACUCGUCCCGCUCCGAAAAACAAGCGUGACACGUCAACCUUGAUAACGGUGGAGCCAAAAGAGGCGAUCGAAUCGACCCUGACGCAGACUCGAGUCUAAAACGUCACGACUUUUCAUCGUCGCGUGUGGAUGCUAUAGACAUCGAGUCAUCUCUCUGCGAUUAUUAAAUCCGAACCGGAUACCCGCGGGACAUCGAUGACGUCCGAGAAGACUUGGAAUCGCUCUACGGUCGUCCGUAUCGUCGCAUUGCCGUCGAUCUAGAUAUGACGACACCGAGUGUGUCUUUAGCUGCGAGAUUUCGCGACGGUUCCCGGAGAAGCUGCCAGCCAUCACCGCGAUCCUCGACGUUCCAUCGAGCCGCCGAAUGCGUUCCACGAAACCCUCUUUGGAUCGCGACGGUCGUCGACGAUUUUUCGUCAAGUUGAUGACGAGAACGACGAGGAGGAGAGGCUUCUACGACGACGGACGAAACAAAGCUCAUCACGCGGAAUAAGACUUCGAUCGUCGCGUCGAGAUGUUACCGCCGAGUAGUUUGAUCGACGUGCAGGGUGCCAUCCCGUGCGACGUGACGACGAGUGGCGGCGGCGGCGGCGGCGCGGCGGCGGCGGCGGCGGUGGUGGCGACGACGUCGUCGUCGUCGGUCCGCUGUCGGAGACUGCAGGGUGCGGCGCCGAGAUGGCCACAUCCUCGGCGACCUGCCACGUCGCGGCGAGAUACCGCGAGGAAUUCGACGAGACCAUUCGCACCGUCUCGGAACCGGAAUGUUCGAAGCGGAGAAUCGGCGACUCGGCUGCCGGAACCUGCACCGGCAGCACCAGGUCGGUGCCGGACGGCCGAUCGCGUCAAACCUUCACUAAGGGAGGAGGCUCCGCCUCCUCUCUGCAGAGCCUGAUGCGUCGAAGGAGCCGCAGGCACGGCACGGCCUCUCUACCCUCGGAGAUCGAGCUGUCUUCGGCGAGGCAGGUCGUCUACCCUGCCGUCCCCUCGGACCUUUUCAAGGACAUCGGCGGUGGCGGCAGUGGCAGAGCAGCGGCGUUCCGAAACGAGGAGGAGAUACGGACCGCGACGCCGACCUCCACGCUCAUUUACGCGACUUCCUCGACGCAACCGUCGACCUCGAGGGGCGAGAACAAUCCGACCCAGGACGUUUCCACGUCGGCCAGUAACGUCGUCGUCGCUACCACCGCCGCCGCCACCACCACGGGCAGCAACGUCACCGUCUCGACGACGAACGGCGGCGGCCGCUUCGGCAGCGUGCCGAUCUCGCUGCCGAGGACAACCGGUGGCAGCGGCAGCGGCGUCGUGAAACCGGGUCCUUCCACGUCUUCCUCUUGGAACAACUCCGCCGAGCAGGAGAGCGACUACGUUGUCGAUCCCGUGCAGGGGAACGCCUAUUACAAGGGACAAUUCUUAGGAAAGGGUGGUUUUGCGAGGGUCUACCUAAUGACUGAUGUCAGUAACGGGAAUCAAUACGCGUGCAAGAUUAUCCCAAAGAAUCGGAUGCAGAGGAUUCACAUGCAGAAGAUCGCGCGUGAGAUCAUGAUCCACAAAGAGCUGAAUCAUGUGAACGUCGUCCAGAUGCAUCACUAUUUCGAGGACAAUCUCAACGUAUACAUGCUCCUAGAGGCCUGCCCACGAAAGAGCUUGAUGCACGUGCUGAAGUACCGUGGUAAAGUCACGGAACCGGAAGCGCGUUACUACAUGAAGCAAAUGGUGACCGGCGUCGCGUACAUCCAUUCGCAGAAAGUUGUUCACCGGGACUUGAAGCCGGGCAACAUGUUCCUAUCGGACCGGAUGAUCGUCAAGAUCGGCGACUUUGGGCUGGCGACCAGACCCGACGGCCAGCGCAGACGAGUGACGAUAUGUGGCACGCCUAACUACAUCGCUCCGGAAGUGCUGUACAAGCAAGCGUACAGCUAUGAGGCGGAUGUUUGGGCGUUGGGCUGUAUACUGUACGCCCUGCUGGUAGGGCAACCACCCUUCGACACGGCCACACUCAAAGAGACUUACGCUAGGAUCUGCAACAAUCAUUAUCGCGAGCUCGACGACAGUCUCGCGAGCAAAAGCGGUCAGGACUUGAUCAGGUGGCUGCUGCAAUCUAAUCCCGAGCUGCGACCGAGCUUGGAGAGGGUGAAAGAACACGUCUAUCUAACCAAGGAAUACGUGCCUGCGUCUUUACCCCACACUUGUUGCUACCAAAUGCCACCGGCAUCGAUCAUCGAACCACCUUCGUCGCCGUCCUCGAUGUCCACGGUCGCCAGAAAUCCAGAAAUUAAGGCACAGAUAUGGCAGCAGAGUUUCGUUUAUCCCGACGCAUCGCUGCGUUAUCAGCAACAUACGAUUCAGACUCAGCAGGCGCAACAGCAGCAGCCCCAGCACCAGCAACAUUUGCUGACUCGUUCGCAGAAGAGCUUGCAGAAGGAGUCCAAGGUCUCCAGCUGGCUCGUCAAGAAAUUACCUAAGCUGCCGCGAUUCCGGCAACGGCUCAGCAGCGUGCUCUGUCCGGAUCACAAGAAGACCGGCCUCGUGGCGCAAAGCGUGCAGAUGCAUCGCGCGCUAGAAGCCUGUAUACCAGAGAUGAAGCGGAAUAACGCGUGCAAUCCACCGACCGUAGAAGACAUCGUGCCGCUCUUCGUUACCAAGUGGAUCGAUUACUCGAACAAGUACGGGCUGGGCUUCCAACUCUCUGACAGGUCGGUUGGCGUUCUCUUCAACGACAAUACGAAGAUUAGCUACACUCACGAUAGAAGAAGAGUGGAAUAUAUGACGACCGACGAUGAGAUGACGCGAUAUCAUCGAGAGAGGGAUGUUCCGGCACCGCUGCAAAAGAAGCUCGAGUUGCUUCGUCAUUUUACGGAAUAUAUGGACGACUUCUUGACAGAGGGUGGUGAGCUGAAAAAAUACCGCGCGCCGCCGAGACAGUCGAAAAACGCUUGCGUGCCACGAAUGAGACGGUGGCUGCGUACGGACAAGGCCAUCGUGAUGGAGCUAACGGUACCACUGCUGCAAGUGAAUUUCUUCGUGGACCACACGAAGAUGGUGGUGUCGCAGGAAUCCGCGGGAGGAAGGGGCUACCUGAUCACUUACAUCGACACCGGCCGACACGCGUCCUCCUAUUGGCUGAACGACCUGCGUGACCUCGGUUGCACCCCGGACCUCUACGAGCGGCUCUACUACGUUUGCAAAGUGACGCGCGAGUUCGCCGAGCUGGACAACAACACGAUCGCUUGAUGAUCGCCGGCGGAUUCUCGGGGGACGCGCGCCACCGCGAUUCCUUCGAGAACCGCUCGGGUGGCCCAACUGGCAGCGAGAUCUCUCAGAUACCUGUUUUAGUUCUUACCCAAGCAACUUGUUCUUUUCCAUAAAGUGGCACUUGAAUGUCAGUGAUAAAAUUCUUUAGCUACAAAAAGUCGCUAAUUAUUAAUUACUACGAUCAAGGUUUUUUUUUUUUUUUUAAUUUUAAUUACCACGACGAGAGAAAGAAAAACAUGUGGUUUACGUCUCUUCUUCUCUCUUGGGAUAAGGGUUAAGGAAAUAGCGGCGGAGCAAGUACGUCACGAUACGUACCGUUACCCACAGCAUUUCUUCAAGGGGGAGGAAGGGGAAGUCGUAAAUAAGAAUGUCGCGCGUUUAAGUCCAUGAGGAAGGUGUGUCUUGCGAAAGACCGCGCGGUGCGAGUGCUUCCGUUGAUUUAUAAAUCUGCAUGUUGUUUCUACAAAAGCAAAAGAGAUCGUCCGUAAGCCGUAAGUGACUUACCUGUGUUUCGCGGCAGGAGAUCUCUGAAGAAAAAUUAAGUUCCCAGUGAUCGAAAGAGCUAGUUAGAAUCAGUAAAUAAUCGGUCUCAGACUGCCAUCGGCCCAAUAAUGAUGAAUUUCAAGUGAGUUCAAGUAGAUGUAGCUGUAUCGUUCCUCUUGAAUCAAUAUUACAUCGCGAAAGCAUUACGUGAACGGAAUCUAAAAUGUCAAAAGAACUAGCUACGCACUAUUUUUAUGCACAGCGGCAUUUUUACACGCAGAUCCCUUAUUCUCGUGCGAGAAUUAUUCGACGAAAAUUAUCGAGAUUAAUGUGAUAUAAACGUCGUAACUAGUUACGAGAUGUGUAUCCGGUGGCACUUUUCAUCAUACGGUCACGACUAGGAGAGUGUCAACUGCAUUGCUACUACCUCUGUUAAACAGGUAGCUGUUAGUAUAUUUAUUUUUCACGGCGCAGAUCUCCCUAGUUCAGUGCCUAUAUAUCGAGUAAGUAAUUCACAUCCAGUAGAUUAGUUUUAUCGGGUAAAUCGAAUAUAGUUUUAUUACACACAUUCGCGAUCACGCGUGCGAAGUGUAGGAUCAUUCGGAACGACAGGAUGGACAAUUUUUUCAUCUAAAUCGCGCUGUUAUCGAAAUCUGAGCUCCACUUCGCGAUUCAUUAUUAAGAUACCGCGUUGCCUAUACUCAAUUAUGUGUAGGAAAAGUCAAACAGACCUUUUCUUUAAUGUUUUUAAUUUAAGGAGAAUAAAAGGGAAAUAGCUUACACAAUCAAUACAAAAAAGUCUAUGAACGUUCUCGCUCACACACGUUCUCUUCUGUUCUCUCGGACACCGUUCGAAAUUGUUCACAAAAUUCUCUUUUUUACGUUCUCUCUCACGAUACAGAGAUAUCGUCAAGUCGUGCAAUGCCGGAAGAGAUGAAUCUGACGUGCGAUAAACGCGUGUUUGCAAAAAUAAAAAAAAAAAAGAUUUUGUCGAAACGCGUCCAAUAGAAUGUCCCGCAUUAUUAUUCGGAAAGGAAAACGAACCUUUUUAACGACUUUGAUCAAUUUUUCGUUUCAUACGUUUAUUCUUUUAUAGCGGCACGUGCGUUUUGUACAUACGUAUAAAAAUAUUGACACGCAUCUCUUUUUACAUGAUUUGCCAUCGAGUACUUAAAAUGGCUCGGCGCAGGGGCGCGGAGAGGAAGCCUCGGUAAAUUCUUAGCAAAUCCUAGUCAACGCUCCUUUUUCACUUUUCUAGAGUCUAACGAGGGACGGGCGACGAGUGUCACUGCCAUCGUUGUUACGCGUUGCCGCUGUAUCCAGGCUGUUACGUUUAUAGUUAUACUAUUUAUUAGUUGCGAUUACGCGUGCGCUUGUCGGAAGUUUGUUGUAUGCUAUGGCUAGGACCGCGUGGAAACACGUGCAAGUUUCACGGGACGAGCUGGAUGAUCGGAAGCUUUUUCGCAUAAUCGUCCAACCCUUUCCACGUUUGCGCUUAAUUUCCGUUUUCCUACUCGUCUCGUCUUGAUAGAAUUGGUACACACAUCCAUGACCAAUUGAGCGAGUAAGAUGGCUCAGCCGUGAAACGACGCACGAGAGACCAGCCAAGUCCUAGAUAUUACAUGUUAUAUUAGCGACGCGCGAACGCUUCGAGCCGUAUGUCGUCGACAAGAUUUCCCGAUGACACAAUCGCGUUCUCUCGUAACGUAUAGGUGUGUAUAUAUCACCGACGCGUCGUGCCGAAGAAAUUUCUGAGCGACGCGAUAUAUUCUAUUGUAUGCAUUUUCUCGGCGUGCCGCAUUCAACGCGUUGCGCCUGAAUUGUUCUAUUUCCUGUUAUUGUGUGUACAUUAAUACCGCUAUCAUAUAGUUGUCGUUAGUUACUUAGAUUAUUAUUGUUAUUACUAUUACGAUUAUAUAAUUAUUUUAUUACGACUAUAUAUUCUGAUUUACGCUAUCGCCAUCGUCCUCUAUCGAUAUUGUCGCCAUCGCGGCGACCGCAAUUAUGUUUAGUACAAUUAUUAAAUCACUUAUUAGUAAUAAGAAUUUGCUGCACCAGAUUGGUGAGCGUUCGUUAUUCGCAUCCAACGCGACGAUUGUCGUCAUAAUAUAAAACGCGCAGUGAUAUUAUAUUUUAUUUUUUAUCGAGGUCUUUUAUAUAUAUACAUAAGAUAUAUUGCAUUACACGUUAACGCGCGUUCCAUGCAACGAAGCGGCAAUUAACACUAAGGAUCUCAGAUUUGUUGUUUUAUUCGUCUUCUGUGAAGGAGAAGUGAAGCGUUAGAUUCGAAGCAAUAGGCGUUGUUCCGAUUACAAACAGCGGAUCGUGUAAGUUAAAGGGAGAAGAAUGUCGCUAGCGAAACAUUUAAUAAAGCUGCGAUUUUGAUAAAGC